AUGCCGUCAAGAUCGUUUUCCACCGGUCGGCCAUCACUCGUCAUUUCUGUGGCUCUGGUCGCGUGUCUGGCUAUUCAUGUUGGUGUCGACUAUGGCUACAGCGGCGUCGCAUUCUUCCCAAGCUUCUUCUCGACGGACAACACGGCAGAAGGACAAAUCAAACAGAGUCCCGCGUGUGCGGUGGAUCGACAGCUGGACUGGCUUUCUCAAUCCACAAAUCAGACACCGACGACGAUGAAUCUGCUGCUGGUCUGCCCUGGUGUUGCGGUCGCCUUGAAAGACCAUCACCAGCAUCGGCUUCAACAGUCUCAUGCACAGUCUCCAUUGCCAGUAUUCACCCAACAGCUUCGCAGCUACAUUGAAUUCCAACUGCAACAACGGGCAGACCCACGUUUGGAAUGGAUAUUCUUCCUCAAGGACCACGAGACGUUGUUCUCGCACACACCCGGAUUACUUCGGAAAUUCGUCCACCAUGCACCAAGCGAAGUCCACGUUCUCACUUUCGCACCACCUGGCAAAACGAGUGCGAGUAGUAGUACGGAUACCCCGUGGGCAGCGGCGCUCGGUCUCUUUGCGAUUGGACUGGAUCGCCGGAGCGUCCGCCUGCUCGAUUCCGUCCUGCACUUACUUGAACAGCGACCGGGCCUGACCGAGACCGAUGCCAUCGCGAUUGCUCUAGCAUCUUCGCACAAUAAUGCCCGUGGCGUGGUCGUUGUUCCGGAAUGGUGGCUCGACGUCAGAGGUAACUGUGUCGAACGAGCUACAUGGGAGGCGCAAUCCGGAGUGACUCAUGUGGUGCCGACGGAUCAGCUUUGUUGUGUUUCGGAUGCCUGUCGGGAUGCUCUGGCCCACAUUGCUACACAGCGCAGGACGACAACAACAACCGGGCAAGUUGUCGAUCCACAAAUCCCUCUCAACCACGAUUCCGAGUUAUCCAUUGAGCACGUCGUUGAAGCUUUCUGGAUGGGUGUGAAGACGAGAUGUGCAGAAUGA